GAGACCAAUAUUUCUGCACAGGCAGUUUCACGGACAGCCCCAGUGCCGUGGAUGCGGGUCCUUCCACUCCGGUCCAUGCUUCUUAUAUACUCCGUGCUCGCAAAGCUGCCUGAGACUGAGACAGCUGUCAAAAGGCCGGUCUCCUACUAAGAUGGGCCAGCAGGAGCCUCCGUCCUCUUCUUCUGCCUCUUCCCACUGGCUCCCGUUUCCAGCUCAGCUGUCAUCUUGGCAAGUUAUGGCCUUUUUUUCAUCCAUAUAGUGAUUGUAUCACCAAGAGAUGGCUGGUCCUGCUCCAGCCCCCAUCUACACCUUGAGGGGGUCCGGUGGGCCCCUUAACACCCUCCACUUCAACUGCCACGCAGGGGACGCGCCCCUCCUCUUUUCUGGGUCAGGGAAGGGUGCCAUCCAUGUCUGGAACCUGAAUACCCGGAGGGCUGAGAAGAUCAUUGAAGCUCAUUCUGGUAGCGCAGUCAUCUGGCUCAGCACACUGUCAACAGACGCCCUCAUCAGCCAAGGACGGGACAUGCGUGUCUGCCUGUGGGACCUGGCUGAAGGUCGUAGUGAGGUGGUGGAUUCCGUGUGGACCGGCAGUGUCGGAUUCUGUCAGUGCUCCCUUCUGGAGAUGAGUCCUGGGACCUUUCUGCUGGCGUUUGCUGGAGAACAGACAGAGGAGGUCAAAAUUAUUGAACUUCCCAGUAAGACUCCAGUCUGCACACUGGUUCCAGAUGCUAAGCUGGGAAUGGUCAUGUGUAUAAAACUGUGGCAGCCAGAUUCAGCUCCCGGGCCUUUGCUGUUGGCUGGAUAUGAAGACGGUUCCCUGUUGUUGUGGGAUGUAAACCAGACAUCCAAGCUGAGUCAAGCCAAAGUCCACCCUGGACCUGUCAUGUGCCUCGCCUUGGACACCAAGCGUCUAAGAGGCGUAUCAGGUUCCUCCGAGAAGACGCUCACCUCCUGGAUAAUGGACAAACAGAGCAACCUGCAGCUCCGGGACUGUGUGACGCUGGUCAACCCUGGGGUUUCCCAGCUAUGUAUCAGGGAGGACGGUAAGCUUCUGGCGUCAGCAGGCUGGGACCAUCGCGUGCGGGUAUUCGGCUGGAGGAAGCUGAAACCGCUGGCAGCGCUUCAGUACCACACCGACAUGGUGCUAAGUGUGGCCUUCGCUGACCACCAGGACCCUAGACACAGACUGCUGGCCGCUGGAUCUAAGGACCAGAGGAUCACCCUGUGGUCUAUAUACAACCAGCCAACCAGCACUGGCUGAGCCCCUGAGCUCUGGGAGGAUACAGACUUUUAAUCUGUAUUUGCUCACCUGUCAUCGUUACUGAUGCGGUGUGGCUCUAAGACUUUUAUAUUUGUAUUACUCCAGUCACAGAACCAAAACAUUCAUCGCUGUCAUUUUAGAGGAAGAGCAACUGCCGUGUAUUUCCCAAAAUUCUGAAGUGCUCUGCUGAACAGCAAACCAAAAUAUAACCCAUCCAGCUCAAUGUGACCCAAAAUGUUAACAUUACUCUUAUUGAUUAAUACAGCAUGUGAAUGUUAAAUGCUAAAUGAUGAUAAAUGAAUAGGAAAUAAUUAAAUCCACUUUACUGUAUUUGUGUAUGGCCAAUGCAGAACAGUCAUCUUAAAACAUGUAAGUAAAAGUUGCAUGUAUACAAAUAUAUUUUUACUGGUUGGACAUCCCACAAUAGCUUCAGAUCAGCAGUGUGCUUAAACAACAUGCUAGGUUGUUGAAAGGAAAAUAAAUACGAUGUGCCGCACAAUUGUCUGCGAUGUAACCCAUUAGAGCUGCACACUCACUGUUUCUCUUGCUGCUCAGCCAACUGAAAUAACAUCUUAUAAAUAGUUUAUUAGGCACAAGCUCACUUUUCCACCGUCUGUCUUCCAAAGCCAGAUGUGAUGCUUUGUGACUGUGUUGACUUAUCUGAUGGGAGAUUUGCUCCAGUGGACUUGAAUUUGCCGUGUGCGACGCACCUGAGCUGCUGUGUAAUCCCGUGUUGUUGUAGCAGGUCUGUGCUGAGCGCACGGCCCUCCAGCCUGACCCGCGCUGUGUUGAUCCAACAAGGUUAAUCACAGCAGGGCCGCGGAGAACAGGGGGGUGACGUGCGGCCGCUGUCCUUACUUAGUGCUACGUCGUUAUGAGCCGAGUCCCAGAGAAAUCGAGGGGUUGUUUUUCUGUCUAGUUUUUCUACUUACAUCUCCUUGAAUCGAUGAGCAGCAUGGGAGCUCAUGUGUUAGAGCACAGUGCUGAAAGGCCACGAGCCAGGGCUUCAAACGCUAGACGUUCUGCCUCAUAAAGGCUUGGCCUGGUGGGAUGACCUUGAGUUGGGAAGCGCACCACGCUGUGCAGGGAAAUCAAAGAGCCUGACAAGCUACUGGUAAAGGAACAACCUCAGCUCUUUAGCAAACGGGAAACACAAGGUCUUUUGCUAAACAGGCUGUGAUGCUACUGUCAUGGAUUAAAGUUAUGACUGCAGGGUUCUUGUUGAUUGUAUUUAAUGUUUUAUGAUUAUUAUGUACUUGAAAAUAUUUUCGUCUUAUUUUGAAAAGCCAAUAAAGCAUUUUCUUGCUUAGUC